AUGGGUCUCAUUCAUGCGGCCUCGGUGCUCCUUGCACUUGCAUCCACAGCAGCAUCUUUCCCAGCUGGGGGCAGCCAUGAUGCUCGUAAGGACACUGUGGUUGUUGAGAGUCUUUCGGCCCCUCCACGCAGCUGGGUGAAGAAUGAGACCCAGCAGGUGGAUAAGGAUGCUUCUCAGAUCCGGCUUCGCAUGCACCUCGUCCAACAGGACAUGGACAAGUUCCAGGAACUUGCUCUGAACAUCGCGACACCAGGUCACCACCUGUAUGGCUCUCACCUGUCACAACAAGCCAUCGACGCCAUCAUUGCUCCCAAGGAUGAGUCCGGUGACCUGGUCAUGGCCUGGCUCGAGAGCGCCGGCCUAAGCGACCAUGCUACGUACUCCGCCCGAGGAGACUCAAUUGUCGUUGAUGCCAGUGUUGCUCAGGUCGAGAAGCUGCUGGACGCCGAAUACAGCAGCUUUCGCAAUACGGAGACCAACGAAAUUGUCCUCCGGACUCUGGAGUUCAGCCUCCCCAGUGCUCUCAAAAGUCAUGUCGACAUGGUCCAGCCGACGACCUUUUUUGGCUUCCGCUCUUACAAGUCUGGCAUUUCUGGUGUGAGACCUCUGAAUGAGGCUACCGUAAACACCCAGAUCGAAUCGGUCAACGCUGUAACCGGCUGCUCAUCCAACAUCAACCCCACUUGUCUCUCGAAUCUCUACAGCUUCUCAUCGGCCAAGAACUACAACACAGGUCUGUUUGGAAUUGCCGGCUUCCUCGAAGAGUACGCCAUAGCAUCCGAUCUAAAGACCUUCUUGUCCAAGUACGCCGUGGAAGGAAACACAGCCCAAUCAUUCAGCUGCGUCGGCGUCAACGGCGGCUCCUGCCCGACGUCCGCAUCGCAGGCAGGCACCGAGGCCAACCUCGACGUGCAGUACGGGCGCGGCAUCGCCGAGUCCAUCCCGAUCAACUACUACAGCACGGCCGGGCGCGGCCAGUGGGUCGGGUCCGGGACCAACACCAACGAGCCGUACGUCGAGUUCCUCGAGUACCUGCUGGGGCUGGACGCCUCCGCGCUGCCCAACACGCUGUCCAUCUCGUACGGCGACGACGAGCAGACGGUGCCCGACUCGUACGCCACCAACGCCUGCAACCUCUUCAGCCAGCUCGGCGCCCGCGGCGUCUCGGUGCUCGUCGCUAGCGGCGACUCCGGCGUCGGCGGCUCCGGCGAGUGCACCCGCAACGGCGUCAAGCAGUUCGCGACCUCGUUCCCGGCGUCGUGCCCGUGGGUGACCACCGUCGGCGGCACGUCGGGCACCGGGCCCGAAUCCGCCUGGACGAGCUCGGGCGGCGGCUUCUCCUACCUCUUCCCGCAGCCCAGCUACCAGGCCGCUGCCGUCAGCUCCUGGGUCGCCUCCGGGACUGCCAGCUCGGUAUCACAGUACUUCAACGCUUCGGGGCGGGCAUACCCAGAUGUCGCUGCGCAAUCGACCAACUUUGUCAUCGUCGUGGACGGUACCUCGGAGCUCGUCGACGGCACGAGCUGUGCGACUCCCACUUUUGCCGGGGUCAUCCAGCUCGUCAACAGUGACCGUGUCGCGAACGGCAAGGCUGGGCUGGGGUUCUUGAACCCCUGGCUGUACGCGAAUGCGACGUCUGCUCUGACGGACAUCAAGUCGGGAAGUAUCAGCGGCUGUUCAUCUCAAAUCUCAGGAGCUGGCUUCAAGGCAGUUUCUGGUUGGGACCCAACGACUGGCUUGGGAACGCCGAUAUUCACCUCACUGCUUGCCUUGUCAAAUAAGACUUAA